AUGAUUAUUGUCGGCUUCAUUCUUCUCGUCGGCUUCGGCUUCAAUGAAGUCUACUUCGCGCCAGUUCCUUUCCUAAAGUUCCACUUCUUGACUGAUCGAACCCUCGUUGGCGCUUGUCUCCUCGAUCUUACGUAUCAGAUCUCAUAUUAUUGCUGGAACAACUAUUUCACGUCUUUCCUCCAAGUUGUCAACUAUCUGACAGUCGCAGAAGCUGGUUACGUCAACAACACGUUUAACGUUGUGUCUGGCGUCCUGUUGUUCAUCGUGGGCUGGAGUAUUCGAAAGACUGGAUACUUCAAGUGGCUCCUUUGGGCCGGCGUGCCGCUUUAUAUCCUCGCCCAAGGCUUGAUGAUCUACUUCCGGAACCCAACUGGCUAUGUGGGAUACUUAGUCAUGUGUCAGAUUUUCAUUUCUGUCGGCGGAAGUGUCUUCACCAUUUGCAUGCAACUCGCUGUUCUUGCUGCUGUCGAUCAUCAGCACGUUGCUGCGGCAUUAGCUAUGUUGAGCGUCACUGGCACAGCGGGCGGGAGUAUCGGGGACACUAUUUCUGGCGCCAUCUGGACGAAUACCUUUGAGAAGGCACUCAGAAUGUAUCUGCCCGCAAGUGCGCUUGAGAAUCUCGAUUCUAUCUACGGAGAUCUUCCUACGCAAUUGAGUUAUGCGAGGGGCACGCCUGAGCGCAUCGCUAUUCAGAAGGCAUACGGAUAUGCACAAACCCGGAUGUUGGCAGCUGGAACGGCCAUCAUGGCAUUGUCAUUUAUCUGGGUCGCUCUCAUCAGGAACCUGAAGGUCUCGGAGAUGAGACAGACCAAGGGAAAUGUUUUCUAG